CACUGCUAGUUUUACUUCCGGUGAACUUUAAUAACCUCGGUGGUGAUGAUGAGGAGGAGGAAGGCUCAGUGAUGCGGUGCCUCCGGGCCUCAGCCAGGAUGUUUGGCCGCCGCCGCUGCUGCUCCGGGCCGCUGCUGCUGCUGCUCGUUGCCGCGGUGAUGAUGAUGGUGGCGCGGACCCGCCUCCGGUCCGGGCGCGCGCAGCACGAGGAUGAUGAUGAUGAUGAAGAUGUGCGCAGCGGGAAGCCUUCAGAUGGAGUCCUGAUGGAGGAGACCAGGAAGUUCAUCACACACCUGCAAAGAUUACACACACACACUCAGGUCCAGUCGGGGCCGAGGCUGGUUCUGGUUCUGACGGGUCGGCAGCUCGGCGGUGACACCGAGGUCCAGCUGUACCAGAGAGUCCUGCAGCAGCUGGACUACCAGGUCCACAUGUCCACAUACGCAGAGACCAGCAGCAUCCUCAGGAAUCACCAUGGUGUGGGGGGGUGGAGCCUGCUGCUGUGUCUGAGCAGCGCAGAGAGAAGCUGUCUGAGGAGAAUCUCCUUCAGUCACCUGCAGCCUCAGCAGAGGGUGAACUUGCUGCCUGGUCUCGUGGAGGCGUUCUCUGAUGCAGGUUCUGGUCUCUGUCAGCUGUUCACUCGCCUGCCAGGAUCUGAGUUACCAAUGAGACGACACGCCUGUGGAUCGACCAAUCAGAAGCUGAGCUCUCCUCAUGACAGUCCCUCACCUGUCGGAGCUCCACUUCCUGGUCUGGUUGCCAUGGUGAACGUUUACGUCCUGGUGACAUCACUCAGACCGCUCACUUCCUUCCUGCAUGACAUCAGCGUGGUGACGACCAAUCAGGAGGCAAAGGGAUGUCCCACUCAGAUCAGGGACUUCCUGUUGCAGCAGUUUUCCUCCCAUGAUGCUUUGCAGCAGGUGAAGAAGGUGAUAGGUGAGGUGUUACACGCUGCAGCGUCGACCAAUCAGAGAGCAGGAACACCAAACAGGUGUGUUUUGUGUUACCAGCUGCUCACCUUCACUCUGCUGUUCAGCGGCUCGAUCACACCUGUUAUCAUCCAGGUUGACGCUGAUUUAACUUUCUCAGCUCUGAGCGGAGAAACCUUCGACCAGCAGAUCACCAAAGACCUGAUCCUGGAGGACUCGCUCCACUUCCUGCUGUCCUCACAGACUCACCUGUCCCCAGAGACUCACCUGUUCUCACAGACUCACCUGUCCUCAGAGACUCACCUGUCCCCAGAGACCCACCUGUCCUCAGAGACCCACCUGUCCUCAGAGACUCACCUGUCCCCAGAGACUCACCUGUCCUCAGAGACACAGACUCACCUGUCCUCACAGACUCACCUGUCCCCAGAGACUCACCUGUCCCCAGAGACUCACCUGUCCCCAGAGACCCACCUGUCCUCAGAGACUCACCUGUCCCCAGAGACUCACCUGUCCCCAGAGACUCACCUGUCCUCAGAGACACAGACUCACCUGUCCUCACAGACUCACCUGUCCCCAGAGACUCACCUGUCCCCAGAGACUCACCUGUCCUCAGAGACACAGACUCACCUGUCCUCACAGACUCACCUGUCCCCAGAGACACAGACUCACCUGUCCUCAGAGACUCACCUGUCCCCAGAGACAGGCGGUGGACAGGACUGUGGUUUGCAGGUCCAGCCGGAUCAGUCUUGUGGUCUCGAGUCUUUCGUCUGGUCUCAGAGUCCACUUCAGACCUGCAGCUCAGGACAUGAACCAGGUCGGUGGGUGGUGCCGUGUCUCAGCUGCUCUGACAACAGGACGUGUGAUUGGAGGGAGGUUGCCUGGCAACCAGACGGAUGUUAUCACCCGUUAGUGGACCGGCCCCUGCUGCAGGACUGCAUGAGGGACAGGAAGGUGCUGUUCCUGGGGGACUCUACUAACAGAGGGAUGAUGUACUUCCUGAUGGAGCGAGUGAACCUCAGCCUGGCGGACUGGGAGCGCGCUCACCACACGCUGCUCUACAGGAAGCUCAACCAGGGACGCUCUCUCAUUGGCUACUCGUACUACCCUCAGUUCUGGCUGGACAGGAAGUUGCGACCGACCUUCAGGCAGGCGCUGCUGCAGCUGCUGCAGCGGUCCCGCCCCCUGCAGGACUCACACCGCACCGUGCUGGUGGUGGGGGGGGUCCAGUGGCUCAACACCAACCACCUGGACACGGUCAGAGAGGUGCUGCACAGAGAGUCUCUCAGCAGGAUCCUGGUGGUGGUGAAGUCUCUGGGGAUGGGCUUCCACCUUCCUGUGGACGGGAUCCGCUCCCUCAGUCUGAGAGAAAUUCAACAUCUGCACCAAGAGAACCGUGACAUCAUCACCACAGCAAAGCAUCAUGGGUACGAGGUCAUCGACACGUUCGCCAUCACCAUGGGUCGAUAUAAAGAGUUCCUGCAGGGCCGCUGCGCCUGCCACUUCCAUGAGGUGGAGAAGGUAUCGUCCUCUGAGUCUUCGGGCGACGCGACCAAUAGAACCGGACCUGAACCUGCACUCAGCAGCCAAUCAGCCGCGCCGAACACGAAUCAGGAGGCGGGGCCUAACGUCUCGUCCUAUCACGUGAGAGGACCAGUGAACCAGGUCUACUCUGAGAUCCUGCUGAGCCGCCUCUGCCCCCCCUGA